CUCCAAGCAUCCUUAAAGGAGGGAAUGGAAGCAUAUCAGAGUUAUUGUUUCUGAGGCAAAAUAGUAGUAUUCUGUGCCAACUGCAUACUGCUAUAGACCAGGGGUAGGCAACCUAUGGCACACAUGACGAAGACAGCACGCGAGCUGAUUUUCAGUGGCACUCACACUGUCCAGGUCCUGGCCACCGGUCUGGAGCCCUCUGCAUUUUAAUUUAAUUUUAAAUGAAGUGUCUUAAACAUUAAAAACCUUAUUUACUUUACAUACAACUAUAGUUUAGUUAUAGAUUAUAGACUUCUAGAAAGAGACCUUCUAAAAACAUUACAAUGCAUUACUGACACGCAAAACCUUCAAUUAGAGUGCAUAAAUGAAGACUCGGCACGCCACUUCUGAAAUGUUGCCAACCCCUGCUAUAGACAGUCCCAAGACAUCCUCCUAUCUGUGUAUAGGGGGAGGUCAUCCAUCAGCACUACCAGAACUGUAUGUUCCAAGACCAGGUCUGGAUACUGAAUAGAGGGAGUCCCAGAUAUUGGUGGUGGAUAGGUGUGUUUGGGGGUGAUUCUUUCCUAAUUUCAUGGUUAUCUUGAUCAGAAAUUGAAUAUUCCACACCAGGCUGUAGUUUGUAAGAUCUGCUAGACCCAAAAAUGAUUUCUUGAGAAUUGGCCAAACUGUGUGGUACAUUUUAUUAGUUUCAUUGGUGGUGGUGAUGAUGGUAACAGUCUGUUACCCAAGAGCACCUAGCAACUUUGCUAUGUUUCACCACUUGUUAAAGGCAUGUGUCUGACUCACAGGAGGUGACUUGGAUUUCUUUCAGCACAUUAAAUGUGCAUUUCUCCGUGAAUGUACCAAAUUCAGUGGGACUCAAUGUGUGGUGUGCUGCUUUCCCCCCACAAGUGGGAUGACUUCUGUGAAAAGUCAAACACCAAGGCUUUCCAAAGUCAAUCUUUUCACUUUGUUCAGUCUCCUGAUGGAACUAUUUCCCCCAGUUGAACAGCAAAAGAAAUCGCAGGUAAAGAAGACUGGCCUGGUCGUAGUGAAAAAUAUAAAAAUGGUUGGUCUACAUUGCUCCAGUGCAGACUUACAUGCUGGUCAAAUUGCUCUGAUUAAACAUGGAUCAAGGCUUAAAAACUGUGAUCUUUAUUUUUCCAGAAAACCAUGUUCAACUUGUUUAAAAAUGAUUGUAAAUGCUGGAGUGAACAGAAUUUCUUAUUGGCCUGCAGAUCCUGAAAUAAGUUUGCAGAAUGAAGCUUCCAACCCUACCAGUACUGAAGAUGCAAAGCUAGAUGCCAAAGCAGUAGAAAGAUUGAAAUCAAAUAGUCGAGCUCGUGUGUGUCUCUUGCUUCAGCCUUUAGUGUGUGAUAUGGUGCAGUUUGUAGAGGAAACCACCUACAAGUGUGAUUUCAUUCAAAAAAUUGCAAAAACUCUGUCUGGGUGUAACACUGACUUUUAUACUGAGUGUAGACAAGAAAGAAUAAAGGAGUAUGAAAGUUUAUUCCUAAUUUCAAAUGAAGAAAUGCACAAGCAAAUAUUGAUGACGAUGGGUCUGGAGAACCUCUGCGAAAAUCCGUAUUUUAGCAAUCUUAGGCAAAAUAUGAAAGAUCUUAUCCUGCUUUUGGCCACAGUAGCUGCCAGUGUCCCUACCUUCGGCCAUUUUGGAUUUUAUUGUAAUGGAUCACAACAAACAAAUGACAUGCACCAUCAAAGCUUGCCCCAAGAAAUUGCAAGGCACUGUAUGAUACAAGCCAGGUUACUGGCGUACCGAACUGAGGAUCACAAAACAGGUGUUGGAGCUGUUAUUUGGGCAGAAGGAAAAUCUAGCUGUGAUGGAACAGGAGCCAUGUAUUUUGUGGGCUGUGGUUAUAAUGCCUUUCCUGUUGGAUCUGAAUAUGCUGAUUUUCCACACAUGGAUGAUAAACAAAAAGACAGAGAAAUCAGAAAGUUCAGAUACAUCAUACAUGCUGAACAGAACGCCUUGACAUUCAGGUGUCAAGAAAUAAAACCAGAAGAGAGAAGCAUGAUUUUUGUGACAAAAUGUCCCUGUGAUGAAUGUGUGCCUUUAAUCAAAGGUGCUGGCAUCAAGCAAAUCUAUGUAGGAGAUGUAGAUGUUGGAAAGAAGAAAGCAGACAUAUCAUACAUGAAGUUUCGUGAACUUGAAGGCGUUAGCAAAUUUACGUGGCAACUAAGCCCAUCCCACACUGAUGUUCAUGAGCCCACAGCCAGAGAAAAUGGUGUACAGAAAACACAAUCACUAGAUGAACAGCAGCACCAGAGCAAGAAGCUCUGCCUUGGAAACCAUUGAGCAACUAAGUACGAAACAAGCAAGGUCUCUGCAGAUUCUCCAUAGCACUUUUAUGAUCCAGCCUGUUUGUGCUAGCAAAUAAGGAUGGGUUUUAUUUAUUGAUUGCUUGAAAAGAGAUUUUUUAGAAUAAGUUUAUUUAUGAUGUCUUAAAUGUUUUAUAGCAUUUUUAAUUUAGAUGUUUAUGAAAAGAAUUUCUGGAAAAAUGCUGCUUAUAUCAUAUACAAAAUGAAUUUGGUGGCCACCACUAAGAUUGCUUUGCUGGCUAGUCAUUGUUAAUAAAAAUUCAGAUCAGAGGACUGGAAACUAGCUCAUUGCUCAUAGGACAGAAGAAUUUUGGGGGAAAAUAGCAAAUGGCAUCUGUGUGGCUUGCAGGAAUGGACUGCCAUGCUUCAGGCAAUCAGAACACAGCUUUGCAGAAAUGAUAAGGCCUGAUUGUUCACGUGUUCUGCUUGUGGAAAUACCACAGCAUACAUGGUUUGUAGA